GAGAGUCCUCAUGAACACCAGCAGAACUUGCUGCUCUCUCGCAUCAUCACCAAUGUGGAGAAACUCAACGAGGCUGUCGUAGUCAUGAACAGAGCGCUUCAGGAAAUCAACAUCCAGAACAUGAACGUCGAGCUUGUCGCACAGAUGUUCAAGAACUACCAAUCCAACGUUUUGUUCCAUCUGGAGGCAACCGAUAACCUGAAGCCUCCUUCAUAA